GCCUCUCUGAGUUGCUGAGGCUGGCUUUGAACUUGGCGAUCCUCCUGCCCCAGCCUUGCCAGUUGCUGGGAUUCCAGGCGUGUGCCACCAUGCCCAGCUCUCUCUCGUUUACAUUUUUACCUUGACCCUGUGAAAUGAGGCAGUAUUUCCACGUUUUACAGGUGGGGUAGACAGAGGCUGUAUGAGAGACACAGUGGCACAGCUUGUGGUUCCACAGCCAGUAGGUGGCUAGGCUGAGUUGACACUUGAACCCAAUGCAGGGUUCCCUCUGAUGGGCUGGAGGAGCUGGAGGGAGGUGAGGUGGGGGCAGAAUGUCUGCCUGGAGCAGCUUGGACAUCCUGUGUUCUGGAACCCAGGAGGGUGGCGGACUCUCUGUGGUAGGUUGGAGAGGGGUGUAUGGCUAGAGGCAGUGGGACCUGUGCAGACAGAGAAGUAAGAGUGCCUUGGGCAUCCUUGGUGGGCAGGUUCUCCCCUCUUCCUGUUUUUUGUGUGGACUUCCUCACCUUUGUGUGACUCUGGGAUGUAUGAGUUGAGGGGAUUGUGAAAUGAAGUUCUCAGUGACCAGUUGGAGGUAGGAACUGGGCAGUCAGGUUGAGGGGAUAGGAGAUACUUGGUCUUAGACUGGGCAGGAGGAGCACGUACUGGUCAGGGAUCUAGGUGUGCGGAGUAUACCAUUGUCCCUGAACAUCUGGUUGGGUUGCUGCCCGUCUUCCCAGAUUUCUAAGGAUACUGUUGUAGGAGGGAUAGCAGCCCUGCCCUUGACACCCAAGCCUGGUGCCCAAAUUUUACACCUUGACUCUUUGGCUGCCCAGUGUCCUGCCUUAUUCCUGAAGCUAAGCAGGCCCUGGUCAGCCCUAGCAGACUGGCUGUCAGAGGACAGUGAGGUGAGGGGAGAAGAAGCCAGAGCUACCUGCUGCCAGUGGCCUCUCUGCCCACCUGGAGGAGUAGAAGUUGGGGAAGGUAGUGGGACUUUUUUUUUAAAAUAUAUUUUUUAGCUGUUGAUGUACUUUUAUUAUUUAUUUAUUUAUAUGUGGGUGCUGAGGAUCAAACCCAGUGCUUCACACAUGCUGGGCAAGCGCUCUGCCCCUGAGCCUCAACCCUACCCCGUAGUGGGACUUUUACCAUAUGGUUGGUUACUGUAAAUGGAGCUUACUUCUGUAACACACAGAAAAAGCUGUAAGGAACUUUCAGGAAGUUUUAGGAAGAUCCACUUUAUGCAGUACAUAUCUCCUGGAAAUGACAGUUAAGCAUCUUCCAUCAGUAGGAACCUUGGGUUGGUCAGCCUUUAGAAGCCCUGAUUGGUCAGCAUUCCACCAGUCAGCAUUCCUGGUUAGAUAACACCGCACGAAUCAGAACUUCUGGUUAGCAAGUAGUCCAUUAAACAGUUCUAAGCUGGUACUUGUGGUGCUGUUCAGGUGAGUUAUAAUUGAGAGUCUUGGUGGCAAAUUCAGGUCUACAUGAAGAGCCGUAGCUGAGGGGAAGUCUCUUUUCUUGGAGUUAAGCAGCUGGUACCCAAGUCAGGGGGCUGGACUGAUGGGUUUGGAGGGAGUGGGCAGAAUGGGACAUUUGGAGGAGCUGGGCUGGCAGCUUCUGGUGCAGAGGAGGGGCUGACCUGGGCCACGGCUCUCACGGUCUCUUCCUUCUGGAAUUUUGGGGUUGGGCCUUUCAGGACCAGGGCUCUAUGGGUUCCUUUGAGCUCCCCAGUUAGGAGGCAUCCUGUGGGGGUGGUAUAGAGAGGCUGAGGGUCAGCUCCCUUGGCUGAGUUUCAUGGUGGGACUUGGGCAGGGAGUUGCAGGAACAUACAUUCCACUGCACCCUGCUUCAUCCUCUGCCAGGUGCCACCUUGGGCAAGUCACUUCUUGUGGGCCUGGCCCCUCAUUGGGGGAGGGCAGGAAGACAUGCACUGUUCUUGCAGCUACACCCCUUUUGCUGAGCUGCCCUGGGCUGGGUGUGAACAGUCCAUAGAGGGCACCAGCAGCUGGUGGGGUGUCUGCAGGAGCCUGCUGUGCCUUGGUCUGGCUGUUUGAUCGUGGGCAUAUCCAGCGCGUAGCCCUCUGCAUGGAUGACUGCUCCCUGUUGGUCAGUGGGGAUAAUGCAGAGCCUGUUCUGCCCCAUGGCUCCAUACCUGCUUGGGGUCCCAGCUCCACCACUUGCAGUAACGUCCCUUUCCAAGACUCUGUGUCUUCCUCUUUAUAUGGGAACCAUCAGGCCACCUGACUCAGGAAAACUGUGACAAUUCAAUGAAGAAAUGCUAGCAAAGUGUGUCCAGCACAUUACAUGAAGAAUACAGAACGUAUUUUACUCAUUCCUCUAUUCUAAGCCCUCCAGGGGCCAGGCUCUGAGGGCAGUUGAGCCUCAGCUUCUGCCCUGCUCUUUUUCUUUUUGCAGACACCCUGUCACUCCCAUUAUGGGGCAGAAAAUUGAGAAAAAGGGAGGCACCCUGGCCUGAAGACAGGGAGAUGGAUGUUCAGCUGUCUGAUCUAGAACUGUGGCUUUCCAGACUCUAGACCCUUAGUGAAGGGGAACGUCAUCUAUAAAGGGAGGGAUGUGGUUCCCUUCCUAGUGCAGACAUUCCCAGGCCCUGUGAAGGGUCUGCACCCUGGGGCUCUGGGUGGGUCUCAGCCCUGGCCUUUGGGCAUUGAUGUCUGGGGCCUUGGCUUGGAGAAGCAGGAAGGGGCUGAUUUGCCCCCAGACCCAGCAGCAGCUGAUGGGGAGCUAACUCCUAGCUGGCCACCCUCUGUUGGGAGAGGAAGCUGAGGCCUAGGAAGGGAAGGGAUGUGUCCAGAGGCCCUCAGGGAGCUGAGGUGGGACAAAAGGGGCAGGUUGGGUGGGGCAGAACAGGCCUUGACUGUUUCCGUCUGUUCCUCUGUGUUCUCCCCUGGGCUGCUGUGUAGCUCCUUUUCUUUUGGGGAUAAGGACAAAGGCCAAGUCACAGCAAAGGAGUUAGACCAGGCUCCUCCUUGACCUUGAUGAGUGCUGCACAGAGACCUUUCCCUAUUCCCCCGUCCCAGGAGCACAAGCUUCCUUGGCUAAGACCUGAAACAGGUCACCCUGGGAGGGCCCCUCAGGAAGAGGCCAGGCUGUGGCUUUGGGUGGGGCUGGCGGCCUCUGCUAGGAGCCCAGCAUCUGGAAGCCAUCAGGCCGGGGCGGGGUGGGGGAGUUGCAGGGGAGGGCCGGGAAGUGGGGCAUGCCUCCUCCAGGCCACACACAGGCCCACCCCUCGGGAGCAGUGGCGCAGGCCCACAGGCUCCCCUGCUGCCUUGCCUCCUCCAGUGCCCUCAGCCUCGCCCCCUUCCUGGCUGCCUUCUCUCUCACCCCACUGGCUACUACUCCUGCACCAGGCAGUAACGUCGCCCACAGCCUGCCGGGAAUCUCACUUCUCUGGCACAGAGUGGGCCUGCCUUUUGGUCCUUGCCAACAUUCCACUGACCCCCGAGACCCAGCGGGACCAGGAGCGGCGAAUUCGACGAGAGAUUGCCAACAGCAACGAGCGGAGGCGCAUGCAGAGCAUCAACGCAGGCUUCCAGUCCCUGAAGACCCUCAUCCCCCACACAGAUGGAGAGAAGCUCAGCAAGGCAGCUAUUCUCCAGCAGACAGCAGAGUACAUCUUCUCCCUGGAGCAGGAGAAGACCAGGCUCCUGCAGCAGAACACACAGCUCAAGCGCUUCAUUCAGGAGCUGAGUGGCUCAUCUCCGAAGCGGCGGCGGGCAGAGGACAAGGACGAGGGCAUUGGCUCCCCGGACAUCUGGGAGGAUGAGAAGGCGGAGGACCUGCGGCGGGAGAUGAUUGAGCUGCGGCAGCAGCUGGACAAGGAGCGCUCGGUGCGCAUGAUGCUGGAGGAGCAGGUGCGUUCGCUUGAGGCCCACAUGUACCCGGAAAAGCUCAAGGUGAUCGCCCAGCAGGUGCAGCUGCAGCAGCAGCAGGAGCAGGUGCGGCUGCUGCACCAGGAGAAGUUGGAGCGGGAACAGCAGCACCUGCGGACCCAGCUCUUGCCCCCUCCGGCCCCUACGCACCACCCCACAGUGAUUGUGCCAGCACCAGCCCCCCCCCACUCCCACCACAUCAAUGUUGUCACCAUGGGCCCCUCCUCAGUCAUCAACUCUGUGUCCACUUCCCGGCAAAAUCUGGACACCAUUGUGCAGGCAAUCCAGCACAUCGAGGGCACCCAGGAGAAGCAGGAGCUGGAGGAGGAGCAGCGGCGAGCAGUCAUUGUGAAGCCAGUCCGCAGCUGCCCGGAGGCCCAUACCUCCGACACAGCCUCCGAUUCGGAGGCCUCAGACAGUGAUGCCAUGGACCAGAGCCGGGAGGAGCCGUUAGGGGAUGGGGAGCUUCCCUGACCACCCCCAGCCCUCCUCUCCCUUGUGGGGGCUGGAGGGGGCCGGGGCAGCAACAGGGAGAAAUGUGGGUGAAUGAGUGAGAAAUUUUUACAAAAUUAUGAUGUCAUUUGGGUCUCUUUUAUGACCUCUUUUUUCAAUACUGUAAAUCAACCUUUGAAUGACGCCACCCAAGCCAGGGUCCCAGGGCUGGGGUGGUGCAGAGCGUGUGGGAGCAUUGGGACCCCAGGGUUGGGCCUCGGCCCUGGGGGCUGGGGGACGCUGACACUGAGGUGCCUGGCCUCUCUCCGCCAAAAAACAUUUUUUCAUUUGAACGUGUUUUUAAGAACAGGGAAAAUCAAACGAAACCCCAAGGUAUUUCCUCCCUCCCCAGAGCCUGUCAGUCUCAAUCCUUCCCUCUGUUUGAUUUUCAUAUUUCUUCCUUAAGCACUUACAUGGGUUGGGGGUCAGACUGGGUCGGGCUUUCUGGGGGCCCGGGGGUCUGUGUUGCUUCUUGGUUGGGGUUUGCUGCUGCCCUUCUCCCUUCCCCCUCCCCAUCUCAGCACCAGGACUCUCCAUCCCCCAGCCCACCUCUCCCUCCAGGUCCCAUCCUCAACCCCAGAAUGUCUUUGUCUCUCUCUCUUUGUUUUGUUUGUUGUUGGUUUUAUUUUGGUUUAGGUUUUGUUUUUAUUUUUGUUUUUUUUAAAAACAAUUUUGAGGUCUUUGUGUCCAAGGAGAAGCUAUUAUAUUUUGUUAAAAAGUGGGGGAAAAACCAAGAGGCCACUGUGCCUUUGUAAAGAAACAAAUAAAGUUUGUACUUUGUUUUUUA